AUGGGAGGGAAGCCACCAAAAGGUAUUCUUACUGAUCAAUGCACAUCGAUUCAAAUGACAAUUGAGCUGUGCAUGCCAACAACAAUUCACCACUGGUGCAUCUGGCACAUUAUGAAGAAGAUCCCAAGCAAAUUAAACGGCUACAAGGGACACAACGAAAUUGAACAAGAGAUGAGCCAUGUUGUUUGGAACUCGUACACAAAAGAAGCAUUUGACAGAAACUGGAUCAAUUUCCUCAGAAAGUACGGCCUCGGAGGCAACAAGUGGCUUUUAGAGCUGUACGAGGAUUGGCAUAUAUGGAUUUCAGUUUACUUGGAUCACCACUUCUGGGCCGGAAUGAGAAGUUUCACAACAUAUGAAGUCAUAGAGCAGGUUUUAAACUCCACAUUCAACAAGUUUAUUGUCACUUAUGACACAGUAUCACGAGAUGUAAAGUGCCAUUGCUUGCUGUUUGAGUCUAGGGGCAUAUUGUGCCGCCAUUCCCUAAGCGUCCUAAGCUUUGAGGGAGUGGAUAACGUGGCACCGAAAUAUAUAUUGGAACGCUGGAGCAAGAACAUAAAGAGCAUGUAUACACACAUCAAGAGCAGCCAAGAUGAACCUCUACUGGAGCCGAGAAGUAAGAGAUUUGACGAAUUGGUGUUUCGGUCACACAAUAUAUGUGAAUUUGCAUCCAAGUCUGAAGAGUUGACCAAAAUUCUGCACCGAGCAUUUGACAAGGUCAUCGUGGAGAUGGAAGAAUAUCAAGAGAGAAGCAAAGGAAAAAGUUUGUUAACCCAUAAAGAAGCGACAUUAAGCAAUGUGAAUGACCUUCAAAGCCCACCACGUGUCAAAACAAGAGACUCUGGAUCAUCGAUUCAGUCAAGCUCCACUCUUUACAAUGCACCAGAUAUCAAUUAUGUAAGAGAGGAUUGUACAAGUUUUAGUUUUUAUUAA